AUGACUGUGCGCACCGCAGAAGGGCUCACGCCCGAACAACUAACCUUUUUCAACGAGAAUGGUUAUCUACUGAUACCUGAUGCGCUGUCGCAAGACACGGUCAAGCAGUUGCUGGAAGACACAAACAAUAUGCUAAACGACUUUUCACUCGAUGACCAUCCCAUGACCAAGUUCUCGACUGGCGGCGACGACGGCGCGGACCACGUUGGAGACAGCUACUUCCUGGAGUCCGGUGACAAGGUACGGUUCUUCUUCGAAGAGGAUGCCUUCGACAAGUCUGGCUCACUGACCAAACCUAAACACCGCGCCAUUAACAAGAUCGGCCACUCCCUCCACGAGCUCUCGCCUUCGUUCCGCAGCAUGUCCCUUUCCGCCCGCAAUGCCGCCAUUGCGUCCUCGCUCGGGUUCCGCGAUCCCCGUGUUUUGCAAUCUAUGGUUAUCUGCAAGCAGCCUGAGAUAGGCGGUGCAGUGCCGCCACACCAAGAUAGUACCUUUUUGUAUACGGACCCGCCGAGCGCAGUUGGCUGGUGGUAUGCACUCGAGGAUGCGACACAGGAGAACGGGUGCCUAAGCUUCGCUGCUGGGAGUCAUAAACGUGCUGCUAUUGACAAGAGAUUCGUCAGGAUGGGCAAUGGUACUGGCUUCAUUGACAAUGAGGGUGCCAAGUUUCCAAAGAGUAUAAAUCACCAGACAAACGCCGAGAAGGAGUACGAGAUGGUCGAGAAGGAGGAGAGGUACGACAUGGGUGAGGUCAAGGCUGGCACUCUUGUCCUUAUCCAUGGCAACAUCCUGCACAAGAGCGAGAAGAACACCAGCAACAAAAGCCGGAAUAUUUACACGUUCCAUGUGAUUGAGGGCGAGGAGAGGUAUGACGAGAGGAAUUGGCUGCAACCGCCUGAGCAAGGAUUCUCAAGGCUAUUUCAGGAAAAGGCCGCGACGGACGCAGAAAACAGACUUGCGAAGGACUGGUAG